UACACCAUUUAUGCCAGCUAUUGAUUUUGAAGGACAACAAUUAAAGAGCAGGCCAUUUGAAUGGCAAACCGUGCAAUUCCUUGUAUUGGAUAAAGAAGAGAGUGAGCAGGUAGCGAGGGGCCGUUAUGCUUGUUAGUGGACGCCUCAUGCUCAGGUCUCUAUCUCCCUCGACCCCUACCCUUGCCUCUAACCACUCCGCAGGUGUUGCAAAAGUAGUGCUUAAAAAGGGAAAGACACAACUAUUUAAGGAUGGAAGUCCGAUGGUUUACAGUGGUGCUGUUGAUAGAGUAAUUGGUAGACCACCACCCAUCACUGGGGAUAUUGUCCUCGUUGCUGAUGGCACCGAGAAACCAAUUGGCUGGGGUUUUUACAAUUCUACAUCUAUGUUCCGUGUCCGCCUCAUGCAGCUACAAGACGAAGACCCUUCUUGUGCCCUUAAUGCAGAAAAGCUACUCGAAACAAGAAUUGCAGCUGCUGUUGAGUUGCGUCACAAUCUAGGCCUUCCUUCUGCUCAUACAAAUGCAUAUCGUCUUGUUAAUAGCGAAGGAGAUAGACUAUCAGGCCUUAUUGUUGAUAUCUUUGGAGAUUUAGCUGUAAUAGCUUCAUCAGCUGCUUGGGUGCAGACAUACCAGCACCAGAUAAUGGAUUGUUUGAGUAGAUUAAAUAAUAUCAAAAGGAUAAGCUGGAGGCCAACUGUUGAAAUCUUGAAGGAAGAAGGGUUAGAUCUUUCUGAUUUGAAAAAACCAGAUCUAAUCAUACCUCAAACUAUGGUUAAGGUUAUGGAGAAUCAAAUUUCAUAUUUGAUAUCCUUGGAUGGCCAGAAGACCGGUUUUUAUGCCGAUCAACGUGAAAACCGUUCCUUCUUAUCUACCAUUUCAGAUGGUCGUAGAGUUCUUGACAUAUGUUGCUAUACUGGAGGUUUUUCUCUGAGUGCAGCAUAUGGUGGUGCUUUGGAUGUUAUCGGUGUUGAUACAUCAUUGCCUGCGUUGGAACUUGCCAAGGAAAAUGUUGCAUUAAAUGGCCUGGAUCCUGGAAGGAUAUCUUUUCUGCGGCAAGACGCAACUGAGUUCAUGAAAGCUGCUGUUUCUAGAAAUGAAUCGUGGGAUAUAGUUAUAUUGGAUCCUCCUAAAUUGGCACCUCGGAAAAAGGUCUUAAAGAGUGCGUCUGGAAUGUAUAGGAAUUUGAACUAUUUGGCCAUGCAGUUGACAAAAAGAGGUGGUCUCCUCAUGACCUGCUCAUGUUCUGGAGCUAUGACCCAAAGUGGACUGUUCUUCCGCAUUCUUCAGGGUGCUGCGUCAAUGGCUGGGAGGAAAAUCACUGUUGUACGUCAGGCAGGAGCAGCAAGUGACCAUCCAAUUGAUCCUGCCUAUCCCGAGGGAGCAUAUCUCACGAAUAUCUUGCUUAGAGUGCUGUAGAUGUCGUUCUGUAUAUCGAAUGAAACCCCUUGUUUACGACAGGCUGAAUCAAUUUUAGGACUAAUCGAAUCCCUAAAAGAAUUAGGCAAGUUCAAGGUCUACCGGUUCCAAAGAGAUUAAAUGCGUUCCUUUUUGUUUCUUUUUUGUUUAUCCCUUUUCCGCAUUAGUCCUAUUUGUAUUGGCUCCCUUCA